GUCCCUAUCCGCAUCAGGUGACCAUCCCGCAGGCCCGCGGGGACAGGAUCGAGGAUGCUCUCGCUGCGACCGCCUUCUAUGCCCUCGCCCGCGCCGUGGCGGAGACGGGGCACCCUCCAUGGAGCCGCCGGGACCCUGCAGCGUGUCAGCGCGGCGUCGCCUGCGGUCACCGUAGAGGUCGUUGCCCCGCCGGCGAGACUGUCCUUUCCGAUACUGGUGAAUGGCUGCACUGGUAAAAUGGGGUUAUCUGUGGCUGAGGCAGCCACUUCAAGUGGUCUUCACCUAGUUCCUGUUUCAUUCAGUAGUAGAGAUAUGCUUGAUAGAACAGUACAGGUUGGUCAUACGCAUGUUAAGAUAUAUGGUCCUUCUGCAAGAGAAGAUGUUCUGUCAUCUGUUAUUGAUGAAUUCCCAGAUGUUGUUGUCGUGGACUAUACAGCACCUGACUCUGUGAAUGCUAACGCUGAGCUCUAUUGCAAGCUUGGUUUGCCAUUUGUUAUGGGCACAACCGGUGGAGAUAGACAGUUGCUCUAUAAAUCAGUUCAAGAUUCAAACAACUAUGCACUAAUAUCUCCACAGAUGGGAAAACAGGUCGUUGCAUUUCUUGCUGCAAUGGAAAUUAUGGCUGAGCAGUUUCCUGGGGCCUUUUCAGGCUAUCGUUUGGAGGUUUUGGAAUCCCAUCAAGCUGGCAAGCUAGACAUAUCUGGUACAGCUAAAGCUGUAAUUGAGUGUUUUGAGAAGUUAGGUGUGUCAUAUGACAUGAACCGGAUGGUUAAGAUUAGGGAUCCUGAGCAACAGCUUGAGAUGGUGGGUGUCCCUGAAGAACAUAUUGAAGGGCAUGCAUUCCAUUUGUACCAUCUCACUUCUCCCGAUGACAGUGUUUCAUUUGAAUUCCAGCACAAUGUCUGUGGCCGUUCGAUAUAUGCUGAAGGAACUGUUGAUGCUGCAAUGUUUCUGCAUAGGAAGGUACGCUCCAAUGAUCCGAAGAGAAUUUAUGAUAUGAUUGAUGUCUUGAGAGAAGGCAGCAUGAGGUGAAGUUUAUGAAGUCUGCAUGAAAUUUUCAGCAACAUUUGUAGUCUGGGACGACUAUAACAUAUGGAUAGUUUGAUCAUCUGAUAAAAUUAGUAAGAAGCUACCUUAUAGUGGAGAAGAUACGUCUCAGCCAAACUUUCCCAGUGAACACAGCGAGGCAACCCGUUGCAGUGUAGGUUCGUCUAGAUUACUGCUUUCCUGUGAGCUAAAAAUGUGUAUUAGGCCACACCAUCUCCAUGGUAGGUUGAUGAUCGCUUAUCACAAUUUUGGUUAUUUUCGAAAGUAUAUAUUUCUUUAAAAAGAUGAGUUGAAUUUGGGUGUUAGAUGUGCUUGGAUGUAACUAUUCUUCCUCUCUGAAUGUUGAUCCGACUAACGAAAACUUGUUUUUCCCUGGCACACACAUCUUUGUGUGUGUAUCAGUGUAUUUGGUUGCAACAAGUGCUCACAGCUAGUCAG